CGACGCCGCCGGCUUCCAUUUUAGCUUUUGUGGCAUUGUGGGAGGACUAUCAGCGUGGAGCGGAGGGGAGUCCAGCGGGAAAGGAGGCAGCAGCUGUCGGCGGAGGGAGCCAUGGCGGAGCGGAAGGGAACAGCUAAAGUAGAUUUCCUGAAGAAGAUUGAAAAAGAAAUUCAACAGAAAUGGGAAGAUGAGAGAGCAUUUGAGGUUAAUGCUUCAGAUGCUGCUAGCCAAAAAAGCAGUGGGAAAUACUUUGUCACCUUUCCAUACCCCUACAUGAAUGGCCAGCUUCACCUAGGACACACGUUUUCUUUAUCUAAGUGUGAGUUUGCAGUUGGAUACCAGAAACUAAAAGGAAAAACCUGCCUAUUUCCUUUUGGACUGCAUUGUACUGGGAUGCCCAUUAAGGCCUGUGCUGAUAAAUUGAAAAGAGAAAUGGAGCUUUAUGGCUGUCCACCAGAAUUCCCUGAUGAAGAAGAAGAGGAGGAGGAGGAGGAGGAUUCCAAGAGGGAAGAAAUAGUCAUCAAAGAUAAGGCUAAAGGCAAAAAGAGUAAAGCUGCUGCCAAAACUGGCUCUUCAAAAUACCAGUGGGGAAUCAUGAAAUCUUUAGGCCUUUCUGACAAAGAGAUAGCAAAGUUCUCGGAAGCUGAGCAUUGGCUUGAUUACUUCCCACCUUUGGCCAUUCGAGAUUUAAAGAAUAUGGGACUCAAGAUUGAUUGGAGGCGUUCUUUUGUUACCACUGAUGUCAACCCCUAUUAUGAUUCUUUUGUACGGUGGCAGUUUCUCACCCUGAGAGAAAGAAAUAAAAUUAAAUUUGGAAAGCGAUAUACUAUUUAUUCACCAAAAGAUGGACAGCCAUGCAUGGAUCAUGACAGGCAAACAGGGGAGGGUGUAGGACCUCAAGAAUACACUUUGAUCAAAAUGAAGGUGGUAGAACCUUACCCUGUGAAAUUAAGUGGCCUUAAGGCAAAGAAUAUUUUUUUGGUAGCUGCUACUCUCAGACCAGAGACCAUGUUUGGGCAGACAAAUUGUUGGGUUCGCCCUGAUAUGAAGUAUAUUGGUUUUGAGACCCUGAGUGGGGAUAUUCUUAUUUGCACGCAGAGAGCUGCCAGGAACAUGUCCUACCAAGGCUUCACAAAAACCAACGGAGUAGUACCUGUUGUGAAAGAGCUAAUGGGAGAGGACAUUCUUGGGGCUGCACUUUCUGCUCCUCUAACAUGCUACAAAGUCAUCUAUGCUCUUCCUAUGUUGACUAUUAAGGAAGACAAAGGAACUGGUGUGGUCACAAGUGUCCCAUCUGAUUCUCCAGAUGAUAUUGCUGCCCUGAGAGACUUAAAGAAAAAACAGGCAUUUCGAGCAAAGUAUGGUAUUAAAGAUGAAAUGGUCCUCCCGUUUGAACCAGUGCCGAUAAUUGAGAUCCCUGGCUAUGGCAACCUUUCUGCUCCAUUGAUGUGUGACGAGUUGAAAAUCCAGAGUCAAAAUGACAGAGAGAAACUUGCAGAAGCCAAAGAGAAAUUAUACUUGAAGGGAUUUUAUGAAGGCGUAAUGCUUGUGGAUGGAUUCAAAGACCAGAAGGUACAAGAUGUGAAGAAGCUUAUUCAGAAGAAGAUGGUAGAUAAUGGUGAAGCUAUGAUUUAUAUGGAGCCAGAGAAACAAGUCAUAUCUAGAUCUGCAGAUGAGUGUGUGGUGGCUCUUUGUGAUCAAUGGUACUUGGAUUAUGGUGAAGAAAAAUGGAAGCAACAGACUUAUGAGUGCCUGAAAAACCUCGAGACUUUCUGUGAAGAGACAAGAAGAAAUUUUGAAGCUACGCUAGACUGGUUACAGGAACAUGCCUGUUCAAGGACCUAUGGACUGGGUACUCGUUUGCCUUGGGAUGAGCAUUGGUUGAUAGAAUCCCUCUCUGAUUCGACUAUCUACAUGGCCUUCUAUACAGUGGCUCAUCUACUACAGGGCGGUAAUCUUCGUGGACAAGGAGAGUCUCCGUUAGGGAUCAGGGCAAACCAGAUGUCAAAAGAGGUGUGGGAUUACAUCUUCUUUAAAACAGCUCCAUUCCCUACAACAAAAAUCCCAAAGGAAACUUUGGAUAAACUCAAGCAAGAAUUUGAAUUUUGGUAUCCAGUCGAUCUACGUGCUUCUGGCAAGGACCUUGUACCAAAUCACUUGUCAUACUAUCUUUAUAACCAUGUUGCCAUGUGGCCAGAUCAAAGAGAAAAAUGGCCUGUAGCUGUGAGAGCAAAUGGGCAUCUCCUUCUGAAUUCAGAGAAGAUGUCUAAAUCUACAGGCAAUUUUCUUACUUUGAGCGAAGCCAUACAGAAAUUUUCUGCUGAUGGCAUGCGGCUGGCGUUGGCUGAUGCAGGUGAUACUGUGGAAGAUGCAAACUUUGUGGAAACUAUGGCAGAUGCUGGCAUUCUCCGCCUGUACACGUGGGUAGAGUGGGUGAAGGAAAUGCUUGCAAACUGGGACAGUUUAAGAAGUGGGCCUGCCAAUACCUUCAACGACAGAGUCUUCUCCAGUGAAAUUAAUGCAGGCAUAAUGAAGACAGAUCAGAACUAUGAGAAGAUGAUGUUUAAGGAUGCUCUUAAAACUGGUUUCUUUGAAUUUCAGGCAGCAAAAGACAAGUACCGUGAGCUGGCGAUAGAAGGAAUGCACAGGGACUUGGUGCUCCAGUUUAUUGAAUCUCAGACACUCCUGCUAGCUCCAGUCUGCCCUCAUGUGUGUGAACAUGUUUGGGCAUUGUUAGGCAAGACUGGCUCCAUCAUGAAAGCUUUGUGGCCUGUGCCUGGCCCUGUGGAUGAAGUAUUGAUCCGCUCAUCUCAGUACCUCACAGAGGCAGCCCAUGAUCUCCGUUUGCGACUCAAGAGCUACAUGGCACCAGCUAAAGGAAAGAAAAGCAACAAAGAAGUACCUCAGAAGCCAUCCCAUUGUACCAUUUAUGUGGCCAAGAACUACCCACCGUGGCAGCACACAACACUCUCUGUUCUGCGCAAACAUUAUCAGACCAGUGGAGGGAAUCUACCAGACAACAAAAUAAUUGCCAGUGAGCUCAAUUCCUUGCCAGAACUGAAGAAAUACAUGAAAAGGGUUAUGCCCUUUGUUGCUAUGAUUAAGGAAAAUCUGGAAAAGAAAGGGCCACGUGUUCUUGAUUUGGAACUUGAGUUUGAUGAGCGGACUGUCCUCAGGGAGAACAUAGUCUACUUGACAAAUUCUCUGGAUCUAGAACACAUAGAAUUGAAGUUUGCUUCAGAAGGAGAUGAAAAAAUUAAAGAAGACUGUUGUCCUGGAAAACCUUUCUGCACGUUCAGAGUAGAACCUGGUGUGUCUGUCUGUCUUGUAAAUCCUCAACCAGCAAAUGGCCACUUCUCUACAAAAAUUGAAGUCAGGCAAGGAGAUGGUAAAGAUGCAAUAAUCAGGCGCUUGAUGAAAAUGGACAGAGGAAUCAAAGAUCUUUCCAGAGUGAAACUAAUGAGAUUUGAUGACCCCCUCCUGGGCCCUCGUCGUGUUCCCAUACUUGGAAAAGAAGAUGCAGAAAAGUCUCCCAUUUUAGAUCAAGCUGUUUUCCACAUUGACCUAGCAGAAAAACGGGUCCAUCUCACUGAGAAUGGACGGACGACUGAUAUUGGGGAUACACUUGUCUAUAUAGUUAAUUAGGUUUUUCACAACAUUGGUUUAAUUGGUAAUGAAUCCUAAAAACAUGAGUUUUCUAACAUCAGUGGCUUUCAAGAUAAAUAUUGGACAAAUUUAAUUUCUGUAGAUGGGUCAAUGGAGGGAACAUUAACUUGCAUGUAGACCAAGUUCAUGACAUUUUCCAAUGUGGUUAUAAUAAAUCUAUUUUCCAUC